AUAAUUGGAUUGGAUUGAGGGUGAUCCUAGAAAACUUUGUGCUGCUGUGUCUUCCGUCACCAUUGCUUAAGAGGAGUCUCACUGAGUUACUGAGAAGAGAUUAGGGAGAAAAAAAAUGGGAAAAGGAGGGAUGUCUCAGGGCGGAGAUGGAAGAGGUGAAGAAGAAGAGAACAUGGCAGCAUGGCUUCUUGGGGUUAACAACCUCAAGAUCCAACCUUUCAUCCUCCCUCCUCUUGGUCCUCAUGAUGUUAGAGUUAGGAUGAAGGCUGUUGGUAUAUGUGGAAGUGAUGUUCACUACCUCAAGAAAUUGAGAUGUGCAGAUUUUAUUGUUAAAGAGCCUAUGGUGAUCGGCCAUGAAUGUGCUGGGAUCAUUGAUGAAGUUGGUACCCAGGUGAAGUCUCUGGUGCCAGGGGAUCGAGUGGCAUUGGAGCCUGGAAUCAGUUGCUGGCGAUGCCAACUCUGCAAAGAAGGCCGAUACAAUCUGUGCCCUGAGAUGAAAUUUUUUGCUACACCUCCUGUUCAUGGUUCUCUUGCCAAUCAGGUUGUGCAUCCUGCAGAUCUGUGCUUUAAACUUCCAGACAAUGUGAGCUUGGAGGAAGGGGCAAUGUGUGAGCCGUUAAGUGUUGGUGUUCAUGCUUGUCACCGUGCUGAUAUAGGUCCAGAGUCGAAUGUAUUGGUCAUGGGUGCAGGGCCAAUUGGGCUUGUUACAAUGCUUGCAGCUCGUGCUUUUGGAGCACCCAGAAUUGUCAUUGUGGAUGUGGACGAUUACCGGUUAUCUGUUGCAAAGGAUCUUGGUGCAGAUGAGAUUGUUAAAGUUUCGACAAAUAUUCAGGAUGUAGCUGAAGAAGUGGUGCAGAUACAUAAAGCUAUGGGAGCUAGAGUGGAUGUGAGCUUUGAUUGUGCCGGCUUUGAUAAAACCAUGUCAACCGCUCUAAGUGCCACUUCUACUGGUGGCAAAGUUUGUCUCGUGGGGAUGGGGCACAAUGAAAUGACUGUCCCACUUACUCCUGCUGCUGCAAGGGAAGUUGAUGUGGUUGGUGUGUUCCGGUACAAGAACACAUGGCCGAUAUGCAUCGAGUUCCUGAGGAGUGGGAAGAUCGACGUGAAGCCCCUGAUAACACAUAGGUUCGGGUUCUCCCAGAGGGAGGUAGAAGAAGCCUUUGAAACCAGUGCUCGUGGUGGUACUGCCAUUAAGGUCAUGUUCAACCUCUAGACUCAGCCGGCCUGCUUUUAUGUAAAUAUUUAUUUGAAUAAAAUGGAUUUAAAAAUAAAUGGUAUGAAUAAAACAGUCUCUAACAGUCUUACCAGUCUAGAUGGUGAUGUGAUUUCCAUAAAUUGUAGUAGACCAAUCACUAUGUAGAAAUAGUUGCUAUGCUAAAAUCCCUUAAUAGUUUGAUGUUUUAUUCUCUUUCAAA